UUUUAGUUUCUGGCAUCAACGCGAAUCCGCAAUCCGCAGUCCGCAUUGGCAGUACCCAAAUUAAAAUAACCGAAACACUGAUUUGGCGGUGCGUUACUGAUUUGCAGCUAUUUAAUAUGGAUCAAGGUUUUAACAUAAUGAUGGUUAUUCCUUGGAAAUGCAGUGAUGUUUUACAAUUUCGACGAUUAUUUGUUUUGAAAAAAUGUUUGUUUACUGGAGAUCCAAUGCAGAAUGUAAAAUUUAAGCCUCAAUUAAGAAAAGUUCUGAGAAAGAUUACAAUUGAAUGGCAGAUUCUGUUUAUUACUUCAUGGACAAAGAAAAUGCGAUCUUUAGCUAACAAGUUCUUAUCAAGUUAUAUUCGUGAAAAAAUUGGUGUCUUGAAAAUUUUUAGAAACCACAAUACUAAAUUGCAAAUAAAAUGUGACAUUCAAAAUACCUUAAACCAUCAAGGAGAUCAUGAACUAAAUCAUGUGCUAAUAGGGGAGGAUGUAGAACAAUUACAUAAGAAUGGAAAAGUUGCUGCUGAGUUUAACUUCGGAGCUUCUGCAGGCCAAUGCAAAAACGAUCUAUUGUAUCACUGUUAGGAUAUUUCUGAUAACUAUCAGAUUCUUUUACAUUUGAUGGAAUUAGGCACCAUUAUACAUAAAAAUAUAAUUAUCUUUAGAAUCAUAACAUCGGCUUAUAUUGUUUUAGAUAUAACUGUUCGUUUUGUAAUCGCCUUCAGUGGGAUCGAUUCUUCUGAAGUAUAUCAGAUAUCUUCUAUGGCUGCGCAUGUUAUCCAAGGUUUCUUCCAACACUGAAAUAUUUGAUUUGUUAUCAUUUUAAUGUUAUGUUAUUUUCAAAUAUUUUAUGGAAAGAAAUCAACUACAUUUUAAUGGUUAUAUUUAUUAUUUAUUUUUCUAUCAUUCUUAAUACUUUACCAUAUUUCUGUGUGAAAGUCUCAUUAAUAAAUAGUUUUAUUUCAUUAAACGAAUUUCCAAAUAUGCUAUUAAACAAUUACUUAGUAUUAAUUUAAGCUGCAGUGUGUUUGUUUGGUUUUACAUUGUAGGAGACUUUUUUUUAAAUUUAAUACACAAAAUGACCGUGUGUUUAGACUAUAUAUAAUUUUUGUAAUAACAUAAUGUUCAUGGAAAAUAAAUCUCUUCUUCAUGUGGAAAAUACUUUAUUUUAAAACUGUUACUGUUUUUUCACUGCCACCUCCUAGCUUCGUUUAUUUUUAAAAAAUACAAAAAAAAAAAAAUUAUUCUAUACUUUUCAAAUCGCCUGCAGCGCCAUCUGUUCUAAAUUGUAACUAAUUUCGCAAGUUUGUCUGCCUGAAAAUUUACUGUUGUCCCUAGCACAUUACAACAAACGAUGUAUUUCUAUUGCUGCCCGUUUAGUUUUUAUUGAUUUUUCAAAUAUACUGGUCAUUUCUGAAACACCCGGUAUUUUGUUAAUUUAUUAAUUUUUAAUCGAGUUAUAUUAAAAUUCGUUUGCACUAGACUGUAAUAUAUAUGUAAACUUCAUAUAUAUUUCCAAAUCGGUCGUUUUUUUUCAAUUAAAUUUCUUCCUCCCUUUUUUCCAUUCCACGAUUAUUGUUUAGAAUAUUAUUUUAGUUCUUGAUCAUGGUCCCCCCCCCUUAAUCUCGGGGCCCCGGUUCAUAGCAUCCGUCACACACCCCAGAUGGCCGGUCCUGCACAUAUACACAAAUUUUAUUAAAUACACCGUUUCUUUGGUUUUUAUAAGCAAUUAAAAUUGUUAAACAAAUCUAAUCCAUCCACACUAAAUGGAGGCGACUUAUUUACUCUUUCUUUCGGCAAAAUUCCCAUUAUCUGUGAUAACAAGAUGGGUUUUCAAUUGAAGCAUGUUCCAUAAAGAUGGGUUGUUUUUCGUGCCAAAUCUCUAUCACCUAAUGGCCAAAAGUUCAAACGUACAGCAUUUAGUAGUCCUUGAGGCCUAAUAUGCAAUAAUUUCUUGUGUACACUAGAAAAAUAAAUUUGAUUCCAGUAUGAGUGAAUUCUAAUUUCAGUUUUAUUCAGUAGAUACUAAAAAAUGUAUUUUAUAAUGUUUCGUUCUUCUUUAAAUAUCAACACCACCAAAACUGUCUUCCGUGACGUGAUUAUGAUGGUAUAUGAAUAAGGCUCAUUUCACAUUUUCCUCUUUCUUCGGGGAUUAUUUAAAUUAAAGGCAUUGUAAUCGUUUGUACAACCCCAGAAUAUCUUGCUUUUCUGUAGCCAACAUUUCUAAAUUAAUAUAUAUUUUAAGUAUUAAAUUAAAAUGAUUUUCUGUGAAGGAAAUAAAAUGAAAUUUAUAUCUGAAUAAUUUUAUUUUUUUCCAGUGGUACAAUUGAUGGAUUUAUAAAGAUACUAUAGUAAUAACGCUUCCUUUCCCUCUCGCCAUGGAUUGUCUGAUUAAGCGGUUUGAAAUACGAAAUUAUCAAACAUCAAAUCAUAUAUAAAACAGGCAUAAGGAAAUAUAAAAUAAAUUUCAUUGUGUUAGAAAGCAUUAUUCAAUGUAAAAAACAUUUCAUGUCUCAGCUUACAUCUAUAAUCAUUGUUCCGAAAUGCCACUUUUUGCAUAAAAAAUUGUAUUUUUCUUGGAGUUUAAUGUAAAAAAGAAUUGUAAUAUAUGUUUUUUGAACUGACGGAGGAGGACUAUAUUUGUGUUAUACUUGGGCCAAAUAUAGACGACGAUGAAAAUAAUUUUCGAAACAAGCAAAAAGUGUGGAGUGCUCUUUACGAAUAGGGUAAUGCUAAUUUUUGAUUAAAAAAUAACAAAAUAUAUGUGCAAUAAAUUUCAGCACUUUAAUGUGCCAUGAAGAAUAUAUUCAGUUAUUUCCAAAAAUAUAUCAGACAUCCAUGAUUAUUAACCAAUGGAAAUGUAUAUUCAGAAGUAGAUGACAAUUUAUUAAAAUUACUGGUUAUCGAAAGCGAAAGGAGAAUAUUUUCAUUUUGGUAAAUCAAUUAAAAAUAGAAUUCGUAAAGAUGCAUUAAAAUAUUUAUCAUUGAGGAGAAAUAUUUGGUUUCGUCAAGGAAAAAAAAAUUACUCUUUUAAAGCAAUUUAUUUCUUCUUUAUAUAAGAUUAUCUACCGCUAUUUUUAUAAAGUUUGACCUUAUAAAUAUGACAUGAGAUAACCCUUUUACGUUGCUACAAUAUUAGUAUAUAUAUAUCUCGCAUUAAAGCAGUUUUUUGGAAAUGCUGCUUUAAAAAUGAAGGAUAUUUAUCCUCAUGGUUAGUCGUACGCUACUCUCCGCACCACUAAAAACAGCGUCUUCUAAUUGGUCGCUGCUUUACCUACUGCGUUUUUUGUAUUUAAUGUAUUUUAUAUUAUUUUUUUUUUGUAUUUAAUGUAUUUUAAUUAAUGCCAACUUCAUAGUUGGCUAAAAAUUAGUUCAUGUAGGGAGGUGUUCACAGUUAGUGAAAAAAAUUCCGAUGGUAGUACUGGAACAUAGAUAGACAACAACAGCGUCACUGCUUUUGGACUUUGGAACUGUCUUAACGUUGAAAAUUCGUUGUGCUUACAUUAAAUUAUAUAGCCUUAUAAAUACAUCCUGGAAUUCGUGUUUUCUUUGAAAUUUGUAACUACAUACUCCAUUCUUCUUAUAUUGAAAUUCAGUUUAUGAUCUUUUCAUGAGAUUGAUUGUUAAGGAAAGAUGUUAUUUAGAAGUUUCAACAGUGAUUUUUUUUUCUAAGGGAAAAAAAUGAAUUUCACGUUUGUAUAUAAAAUAUUGAAAAUUUCAUAUUUUCCGAAUUAACCUAUGUAACAAUAAUAAUAAAAACAGCUCUAAUUCCUGAUCAUAUAUAAGUUUUAAAAUGUG